GUGACAAUCUCAUGGCCGCCCUGCUCAGACGUGGGCUCUUCCUGCCCUUGCACCGUCUAUCUGGGCAAAGCAGCGGCUCAGUCUGUCGCCCUGCAGUGUCCGCCAUUCUGCUAGCCCAGGCCUUGUUGUAAAGCCCUGCUGAGGAGGGUGUUUUGAUUCUAGUGGUGGUUGGAGUGUCUCUCUUCAACAGCCAUGUCGGGCUUCAAUCUUCUCCAUCUAAUAAGCAAGAGUCAGCCUGUGACUCUGAGGUCCUGCAGUCUUCCCUCAGGAGCUGCUCGAACCAAGAAAACAUGGCCGGUGACCUUCUCUCAGGAGGAGAUGAAGAAACGUCUCACGCCCAUGCAGUAUCAUGUGACCCAGGAACGAGGAACAGAGAGUGCCUUCACUGGAGAGUUUACGUACCAUAAGGAAGAGGGAACCUACAUGUGUGUAGUCUGCGGUGCACCAUUGUUCAGUUCAAAAACCAAAUUUGACUCAGGGUCAGGUUGGCCUUCCUUUUUUGACCUUCUGAAAGAGGAGUCCAUCGAUGUGUCAGAUGAUUUCUCCUACGGGAUGCACAGAGUGGAGACCACCUGUGGCCAGUGCGGAGCCCAUCUUGGACACCUGUUUGAUGACGGUCCAAAGCCCAGUGGAAAACGUUACUGCAUCAACUCGGCCUCGCUGUCUUUCCAACCCAAAGAUGCGGAUGGGGCCUCUGGCUCCGCCUCCACAGGGGCCACCACAGAGUCCUCGAUAUCCGAGGAAAGGACGGAACUAUAAGAACCCAGCAAAGCUCCUAUCUAGUGUGUGUUUGAGUCAACGGUUGCAUCAACUUAUUAUACUUAAAUCAAUUCACAAUUUUGAGCUAUAUUGGUAAAAGCAAGGCACACAAAAUCUUUUCACAUUCAUAUAAGACUGACCAAAACUAUGACACUCAUAUUCACCAAUAGGAAAUGUACUCACAGAU